AUGAACGACUCCGAUUGUGCAAAUCCCCUGCUCCUGGGAUGGAUCAAAGAAAUUUUGGACCAGGCUCGGGAGCGUAAUAGUAAGGGAACUACAGUGUACAAAAAGGCAUACGAGUCGAUGAAGGCGUGCCCUUUGGUCUUCCAGCACCCUUCCGAAGCUCAACAGCUCAAUGGACUUGGUCCUAAGCUGUGUGAUCGUCUCACAGGUAAACUAAGGGAUUACUGUGAUGCAAACGGCCUACCCAUGCCUGAGCACCCACGUGCCGUGGCAACAAGCAAAAGAAAGUCCUCUGAUGGCAUCACCGAAAGCCAACCAGCAAAGAAGACCCGGAAGCCGAAGACCUAUGCGCCCGCUUUACGAUCUGGUCCUUAUGCCUUGCUCCUUGCCCUCGGUGGUCUCGAUGAGAAUUCCAAUCAGAGCAUGACCAAGGCACAGUUGGUUGAAGAAGCUCAACCGCUUUGUGAUAACUCUUUCACUGUGCCUCCUGAUCCGACUAAACAUUUCACUGCAUGGAACUCCAUGAAAACUCUAAUCCAGAAGGAGCUUGUUUACACUCAAGGGCAUCCAUUGAAGAGAUAUUGUCUAACUGAGGAGGGAUGGGAGGUUGCCAAAGCCAUCAAGAAGACGGCCAAGGGAUCAAACCAAAACACACUACAAUUUGAUGUGAAUCCAACCGCAAAUAACAGUGGUGAUGCCCAAAGAGAAAAUAUUGCAAAUCGCAGAGAUUUCGAGAACCUGGCUGGCCGAGAGCUCCAAAGCACGACGGGGAAUAUCUUGGAUGAAGAUAUCACAGAUGACUCAACAGCCACACCAAUCGCUAUCCCACCUGACAGUUUCACUGUCGAAUUGAUACUUGACACUCGAGAGGUCCGGACAUCCAAAGACAGGGACUACAUCUCCAAUGAGCUGAUCAAGAAAGGCAUUACCCCCGAAGUCCGCGCUCUUGAAGUUGGAGACACAAUGUGGGUAGCGAAGUUUCGCGACCCGACAUUCCUCUCGAAGUACGGCGAGGAAGGCAGUGAGAUAAUGCUUGAUUGGAUAGUCGAGCGUAAACGCCUAGACGAUCUAAUUGCCUCUAUCAAAGAUGGCAGAUUUCAUGAACAAAAAUUCCGUCUCCGCCGAUCUGGUAUCAAAAACGUCAUCUAUCUCAUUGAGGAGUUCACUGUCAUUCAUGAGGGUAAUGCCGCAAUGGCAGCGAAAUACAACGAUAUGGUAGCAUCGGCUGUUGCUCAAACACAAGUCGUGAAUGGCUACUUUGUCAAACGAACAAAGAACCUCGACGACACUAUCCGCUACCUCGCACGCAUGACAUUCCUUCUCCGCAAUAUGUACAGCGCCGACUCUCCGUCACCAUCCUCCUCCCCAUCCCAACCCCAACACCGGUCCCCAGCAACACCGUCCCACACGCUCUCUCUCCUUCCAACCCGUCAUUUCUCCCCAUCAAAAUCCUACACUGAGGCUGUCGCUGACCUCCGCGCCCAAAAUCCCAAUGUAACAUAUGGCUUGACAUUUCCCACAUUUUGCGCCAUUGCAUCAAAAUCUGAAGCCCUGACACUCCGUGACAUAUUCCUCAAGAUGCUCAUGUGUACCAAGGGUGUCAGCGGUGACAAGGCACUAGAGAUCCAGCGCCAAUGGCCGACUCCUCAGACUUUUGUUCGGGCCUUUGAGGCGCUUGACCCGAAAGAUAGAGAGACGAUGGUUUCUGAUCGCAUGACACAUUUGAUGGUGGGAAGAAAGAAGAUAGCGAAGAUCUUGAGUAAGAAGAUAGCAGAGGUUUGGGGCGAGGUGUGA